AUGCGUAUGAUUGCUUACGUCCCACACGAUGGUACAGCUACGGGCACUGGAAACAUGAACGAGUCACUGUACAGACAAGUCAAACGAAUGCUCCUUCUAACCGAGCUGGAGUGCAAACCAUCCUUGGACCUAGUCCAGGCUUGGCUGUUGAUGGCAAGUUACGAAAUAGGCCAUGGGCUAGAGUCGGCCGCAUACCUGUCCAUUGGGUCAUGUGCACGGCUGGCCAUCUUGUUAGGACUCGAACGUAAAUUCGACGGUGGCGCUAAUUCGACAUUGAUGGAGGAGAAAUCCCGUACCUGGUGGGGAAUUGUUAUCGUGGAAAGACACAUCAAUUUGGCAUUCCCCCACCGACCUUUACUCACGUCGGAUCCAGAGGCCAACGGCUACCUGCCCGCGUAUGAUGAUGAUAAGUGGGAUGAUGGGUCCGGCCAAUCUCGUGCCUCCGUCCCAAUGACAACUUCCUCGGACAUUCCAGCGGGACCUUUUGCACGGGAAGUCCAAGCAGCAACUCUGCUUGGACGCACUCUCACCCAUAUCACAAAACCGACGCCCGAUGUUGAAUUCAAUGUGGCAGAAUCGCGCCAAUUAGACCGCACCUUGACUUCCUUUCUCAGCGUCCUGCCCGCUGAGGAUGUGCUCAAGCCCUGUUCUGCCUAUUGUGGCGCCAUGGGAAUAUGUACCAGUGCGCUACUACUCCUGCAUACUUAUGAGGUGAACCACCAACACAACUUCCAAAACGACUGGCACAACUUCCCUUCAUCUCAAGAUGCCAUAGGUUUCUGCUGUGAUUUCGUCAUCGAGCGGGCAGCCAAGUAUACCUCGGAGCUGGCCACGGUUGACAUCGACAGCCUCUCGCCCUUUGCUCCGCACGCCAUCUAUCAGGCUUCUGUCCUCCAAUAUCGAUUUUUGGCCCAGAGUGGUAGUAACAAGCAUACAGCUGAUAUCCGUCUUCGGUUGGACAUGCUGGAAGAGAUGUUGGCUUCAUUCAGCCGGCGAUGGGGCACUGCAGGUGAAGGGGUCCCCUUCCAUGUUCGUGACAUGCCGUUUCCUUACUGA